GUAUUUCUCUCCCGAUGAGGAACCAGCAAGUGACCUGGCACCAUUGGAUUUCCCUCUUUGCUGGCAUCCUCCCAAUCUGAUCAGGCUCAGUGUCGGGGAGGAUGUGAAAGAUGGAUGACCACUCUCAAAUCACUUUUGGUCCUUUGACUGCAAAGUUUUCUUCCCAACCGUACCCUCAGCAGGGAGGCGAACCUGCUAGUUCCCAACAGUUAGCCAACCACCUUGCUUCUCCCAGCAAAGAAGAUGACUGGGAAGGCGUAGAUGGAAAUGAACUGAUCUUUGCCUUAGAUGAUGAGGAAGAUGCAACUCCUGACUCACCCGACCACUUUUCUAUGUGUGAAGAUAUUGGGAAACAGGAUGAACAUCAGGAAGAGUCCACAUUCCACAUGCCAUCCCCUCUGCCGUCUCCUCCUGAACUGGAUUUCUUGCCCGCCCUCCCCAUUUCCAGUUCACCCAGUUUAUCACCCCAGAGAUCAACAGGCCUUGUAAACCCUCAAGGCCCCAAGCCAUUAAUAAACUUAGUGAAAUCCCUCUCAACUGAAAUUGAGCCCCGGGACGCCUCUUCCCUCAAGCCCCAACCUUUGCUGAGCUUGGUCAAAUCCAUUUCAACCGAGAUUUCCCGCCUGGAGCCAGAGGUGACACAGUCAAAGUCCGACUCCAAGCUCAAUGUUCAUCGAUGGCGGCAGAUCACCCAUCCCAAGGGCAAAACUGGGGAUUCUAGGACGGCUCCCUCCUCCCCCAACAUUUCCCCCUCAGAGAGCAAAAGCAGCUUCUUCAAGGCUCAGGAAGCCAAAUUUGAGGACACGAAAAGGCGGUUUUCAGAGGCCAUGCAUGAACCCCUUAGCAGACUCAGCAAAAUCAUGGGGGAUGAGAAUAACGUUUCACCAAAACACAGGUCCUCACUUUCUGGCAACCAUGCCCACGAUUCCCCUUCUAGCCACAGCAAGACCAUUUUGGAAGACGAGGAGAGCCCAACCCAGGAGACCAAUCUGCACGGGGCUGUUCCAGGACAGCCAUCUGGGAGGAGUCAAGUGGAGGACUGUUGCCCCAAUGAACAGAAAUGGGGUCCCUCCUUAAACUGCCAGUAUGAAUUCUGCUCCUAUGGAGAUGUCAUCCAAGUGGUGGAGGUUGCUGCGGACAAAAGUAGUGGCACAGAGGAAGUGCGGAUGCUUCCACCUCUGGAUAUCCUCCGCCCCACCAAGCCUUGUAGCAGAGUGCCAUGCAAAGCCCUUGCCUGCGUUGCCAUCUUGGCCUACCACUAUUUUGUGCUGCCACUGCCUCCUUACUUCUCAGGCCUCUGCCUUGGCUUGGCAUGUGGGUUCAUGCUGGGCUUCCUCAUUAUUCUUCUGAUGAUGCCAAAGCGUUCCUUGUCUCCACGGAAAAGGCGGACAUCUCUAGACCAGCUGCCAUCAGAGACGCUGAAUCAGCAGCCCCAGGAUCCCAACAUCCUUAAGGGGUGGAUGAACGAAAUGUAUUUCUACGAUCCGGAGAUCUACCACCCGUCACUUACCCACUCUGUGUUCGUGACCUUGGAAGACACCAGCAUGACGAUCUCCUACCCCAAGAGCAACAUCCCCCGGCGAGCCACCUUUGAGGAAGAGGACUUCAAGGUGACUUUGGUUAGUCACCGCCAUUAUGAAAUGAUUGGCGCAAAGGUCUUCCUCUUCCCACCUGGGCUGGCUCGCAAGAGGAUGUGGAACAAGAAAUACCCCAUCUGCAUUCUCCUCCCAGAGCAAGACGACUUGAGUAGCAAAGGCUCCAGUGAGCAUGACUUGGAGCACUCAAGAGAGAAGGCUGUGAAGAGAAGGCUGUCACCAGUCCAAGAGACCCCUCCGAUGCAUCCAGCUGAGCCCCAGGAAAAGACUCUUUACCUCUUUGGCAGAACGGGGAGAGACAAGGAGGAAUGGUUCCAGCAUCUUGCAAGGGCCUCCCGGGCAGAAAACUGCAGCAAGGCUCUAAUCUCCCCCUCUUUCUCUUUGCCAGGUUUAAACCAGCUCAGCCCAUCAGGAAAGGGGACGUGCAGCAGUGGCAGCAGCAGGGGCAGCACUGAUGACCUCCUUUCUCUCAUCAAGCCCAAGGACCUGGUUGUUAAUGUCCGGGAGAAGCUCCUUUUGGAUUACAACAUGUACAUGUCCCGAAUAGUCCCAACAGGGACAUACUCCAGCCCACCCGAGAGCCCCUCCCACAGUACGGUAGGCAGCCCAACACCCAAAAAGUUCUUUGGGGAUACGAAUGUCACGAGUGACACACACACGGCUUGGGCCAACGCGGUGCUUGGGAGAAUGUUUUGGGACUUCCUACGGGAAAUUUGGGCAGACCUAGUUUCAAACAAGAUUCAGAAGAAACUAGGCAGAAUCAAGCUGCCGUACUUCAUGAACGAACUCACACUCACUGAACUGGACAUGGGGACUUCCAUCCCACAAAUCCUCAGCACGUCAAGCCCGACCAUUGAUAACCGAGGGCUUUGGGUGGACAUGGAAGUGACCUACAGCGGAUCCCUGCAGAUGACCCUGGAAACAAAGAUGAACUUGUACAAACUAGGCAAAGAAGCCCUGGGAGAGGAGAGUGGAAAGGCAGACGAUGGCAGGGAAGGUGUGAAGCCCCGCUUAGUCCUUCUGGCUGACAGCGAUGCAGAGUCCUCCAGCGCUGGGUCCUCUGACGAGGAAGACAUCCCCAACAUGGAGCCCUCAGGGGUCCCAGGAGAAAGGGGUACCCCUCCUGGGGCUGAAGGCCCCGUCAGCGGAAACAGUACCAGCCGGAAGAUCCUGCGCUUUGUGGACAAGAUUGCCAAGUCCAAGUACUUCCAGAAGGCCACCGAGAAUGAGUUUAUUAAGAAGAAGAUAGAGGAGGUCUCCAACACCCCCUUGCUCUUGACGGUGGAGGUCCAAGAGCUGACAGGCACACUGGCUGUGAACAUCCCACCGCCCCCAACUGACCGAAUCUGGUACAGCUUCCGGACUCCACCACAGCUGGAUCUGAAGGUCCGCCCAAAGCUGGGGGAACGAGAGGUCACCUUCAUCCAUGUCACGGAAUGGAUCGAGAAGAAGCUUCAGCAUGAAUUCCAGAAAAUUUUAGUGAUGCCAAAUAUGGACGAUCUCAUCUUACCCCUCAUGCAUUCUGGUUAAUCCCAGCUGCCUACAGAAGGACUCCAGAAGGAAUUCCCAGGAGAGGGUGCAGCAAAAUUUUGAAGGAACUGCCCACUGGUGGGUUUGGCUGGCUCAAGAUGCUUGAUGGGGUCCUCCAGGAUUAUCAGGGCCUGUGAACCCAGCAUCACCCUUGAGCCAUACUGCUUGGUCUCAUCUCCGUUGGCUCAUCUCUUCAGCUUGUCGUUCAGGGGCUUCUCUCCAGCAAAAGAGGUUCCCCCAUCCAUCCUCGGAUAUUUCACAGGAUACAUUUCUCAAUGAGGAGGAGAUACUCCAAGAUUCUCCCUUAACAAGCACCAGAUUCCUACCAGUGCAAGGAAGAAUUUCUGUAGUGCGGUCAUUAGCUUUUCAAAGAGGAAAAAAAAAGUAGGGGAGAUUCUAAGCCCACUUCCACCUAGGUCCUGUCUUUGCAAAUAACAGCCAUGUUAAGCAUCUUUUAAAUGUCAGAACAGUCAUUAAAACUGAAGAGGCCAAAGAAAGGAGGGGAUGACAAGGAAAGAAAGGGCUCUUUCUGUAAGCAGUCUGAAAUCCUCCUAUUUCCACCCAGGUUUGCAAUGGUGGGGAGAGAAAUCCCAAAAUCUGAACAUCGAGCCUCUGAGUGAAUCAUCUCUCUGACCUCCUUGCUACUCACAGGCCAGAGGAAAGGAAACUGAGAGAGUUAACAGUAGAAGUGUUUGUAUUUCCCUGGGAAGGCAUGCAAGGAACAUGUGAAGAACAUCACACAACUCUACUCUGUGAAAACUCUCCCUUCUCCUGAUGAGGGGAGGUUUAAGGGAUUUCAAGCCUCCAAAUUGAUGAGGAAAGUGUGGAGUGCAGGUUGAGACCAAGCGAGAAUGUAUCACCACUUUAACAGUCAAGGCUCCCCC